AGGGCAGAGACUCGCGGACCGCGCGGAGGACACAGACCGGGCCACACGGUGGAUUUCUAUCGUUUUCGUCGCUACGGACCCGUCCAUCUGUCACAGACACCCUGGCCACAUGAGCAGCGACAUAUAGCCUGGAUGCGUAGCCAGGAACCAGGUCGGACCGUUUAAGGAAAAAACCUGCGGGGACCCAGCAACGAGGAGGCUGCUCUGUGGAGAUAGUGGUCAGACUUCCAAUUUCCCCAAGUGAAGUCGGAGGCGUCUCUCUUCUCCAUCCCUUGCGAUAGGCUACCUGCUGCUGCUACAGAGGGGAAACUACAUCUAGGGGCCCCUGGAUCGCAUGAGAGCACCCUUCAAUGUUUUAGGGAUUUUAGGAUCUCUCAAAUAUUAACAUUUUUUGCACACCGAGUGUGUUAUUUCCUCUCUUGUCCUUUUUGGGAUAUACACAGUGAUCUUUUUUUCUCUUUUAGUACUUUAAAGUGCCUUAAUAGCUGGUUAUAAUCCAGUGUAACUGUGGCAUUGUUACCAGACCAGAGACGCUCAGCAGGGAGAAGACAUUAUUAUCAGCUUUAGAGCCCAGGCAGGAUUACUGGUUCCCCACCAUCCAGCGAGCUGCAACCAUGAGCCAGGCGGAUGUGUCGACUUGCUCCGCGCCGCAGAGGGUUUUCCAGGAGGCGGUGAAGAAGGGCAACACCAAGGAGCUUCACUCGUUGCUGCAGAACAUGACAAACUGCGAGUUCAACGUCAACUCCUUCGGGCCAGAAGGGCAGACAGCCCUCCACCAGUCCGUUAUUGACGGGAACCUGGAGCUGGUAAAACUGCUGGUGAAGUUUGGUGCAGAUAUCCGGCUGGCCAACAGGGAAGGGUGGAGCGCUUUACACAUCGCCGCCUUCGGGGGCCACCAAGACAUUGUGCUAUACCUCAUCACCAAGGCCAAGUACUCCUCUGGCGCCCGGUGAUCUGUCUCUGCUGUCAGGUAAAAUAAGAAAAGUAACAAAUAACAAAACAACAGCAACAAGUGGAAAAUAAAACUGCAACACACGGGAAAGCCAGGCUCUUUUUAAAAAGCAAAACAAACUGCCAUUAUCUACAUAGUUGUGCCAAAUUAUAUAAAAAGGAAAUACAAAAUAGGCCUGCACAGUAAUCUUCCCUCACUGUAAACCAAACGGGGCCCUCUCUGCACUCCCGAGUGAAGCCACCGCAUGGUUCAUACACAGCGCUUCAGCUUCAACACGACUCUUUAACAAAAGAAACGCCAUUUCGGUGAGUUUGUUGGUACUAAAGCUUUCCUCUUGAAUGUGUAUACUAGAUCGUGUCGUCCAUUAUAAAAGAAGCCAGUCUCUGUGUAUCACAUGUGUGUGUGUAUGUGUGUGUUUGGACUCCAGAGUGCAGAUGGCCCAGUUUUUUUUCCUCUAUCCAUGACCUCCCAUCCUCAGUACAGUUGAAUAGUUUCUU